GUCCACUUUCGUUUCCUACCGACCAAUCAUCACCGUCCAAGAAGCAUUCGAAACAGUCUCUCCUAUAUUAGUAUUAGAAUCCUUCCCCAAUUUUCUGUUUCAUUUCUCAAAAUCAUCAUCUUCUCUGAGAUUCAGUUCAUUUCAGUUCUAAAUAAGUAGCAAAAAUGGCUGAAACUGGACCAGACGGGACCGCGAUCACCCUGUUUUCUCCUUACAAGAUGGGCAAGUUCAGCCUCUCUCACAGGGUGGUGCUGGCACCCAUGACUAGAUGCAGAGCGUUGAAUGGGAUGCCAAACGCAGCGCUGGUGAAUUACUACACGCAGAGAUCAACUCCCGGCGGAUUUCUCAUCACGGAAGGGACUCUGGUUUCCCCUACUGCCCCUGGGUUUCCUCAUGUCCCUGGAAUUUAUACAGAAGAACAAGUUGAGGCAUGGAAGAGGGUGGUGGAUGCAGUUCAUGCCAAAGGGAGCAUUAUAUUCUGUCAACUAUGGCAUGUAGGACGUGCAUCUCAUCAAGUAUAUCAACCUGGUGGGGUUGCACCUAUAUCAUCGACGAGUAAGGCCAUCUCAAAUAGAUGGAGAAUCCUCAUGCCAGAUGGAUCCUACGGUAGAUACCCGACACCUAGGCCCUUGGAAACCUCGGAAAUACUAGAGGUAGUGGAGAAUUAUCGCCAAGCAGCCUUGAAUGCCAUUCGAGCAGGCUUUGAUGGAAUUGAGAUCCACGGGGCUCAUGGUUACCUUAUUGAUCAAUUCUUAAAAGAUGGGAUCAAUGACCGAACAGAUGAGUAUGGUGGAUCGAUCAACAACCGAUGCAGAUUCCUAAUGCAGGUGAUUCAAGCAGUAGUUGCAGCAAUUGGUGCAGAUAGAGUUGGUUUCAGAAUGUCACCAGCAAUUGAUCACCUAGAUGCCAUGGAUUCUGAUCCACUCAACUUGGGUCUUGCAGUAAUUGAAAGGCUAAACAAACUCCAGUUAAACCUUGGAUCAAAACUCACCUAUCUCCAUGUCACUCAGCCUCGCUACACAGCUUAUGGCCAAACAGAAUCAGGCAGACAUGGCACUGAAGAAGAGGAAGCUCGUUUAAUGAGAACUUGGAGAAGGGCUUAUCAGGGAACUUUCAUCUGCAGUGGUGGGUUCACAAGGGAACUAGGAAUGGAAGCUGUAGCACAAGAUGAUGCAGAUUUGGUAUCCUAUGGCCGACUUUUCAUUUCAAACCCAGACUUGGUCUUGAGAUUCAAGCUCAAUGCGCCCUUGAAUAAGUAUGUCAGGAAAACAUUUUACACCCAAGAUCCUGUUGUAGGAUACACAGACUACCCAUUUCUGAGAGAUGGGAACUUACAGGAGCCACUAUCGCGCCUUUGAAUCUGAAGUAGCUGGUCUGGAAUUAUAAUGCAUGUAUAUGAACAUAUAAUAUUUGGUUUGGAACUUUAUUAUAUAUAAUGAACAUCUUGAUGAGAAAAAUAUUAUCCUCAAAGAAGAGGAUUAUUCUA